GUGAAACUGAUCUGAUUCUGUACCGUUAGAGUGUGGAUCUGUUCCGUGUCUGUGUUUGUAGUUUUGUUGAUAAUUGAAGUUGAUGAACGCAGAAAAAUGGAGUCCAAAAUUUCAGUAACUCAGGAUGAGUUCAGCUGUUCAGUCUGUCUGGAAACACUGAAGGAUCCAGCUGCUAUUCCAUGUGGACACAGUUUCUGUAUGGUGUGUAUUAACAACUGCUGGGAUUGGGAGGAUGAUAAGGGAACAUACAGCUGUCCACAGUGUAGACAAACCUUCACUCCAAGACCUGUUGUGAGGAGAAACACCAUGCUGGCUGGAGUUGUGGAGAAACUGAAGAAAACAGAACUUCAAGCUCCACAUCCUGGUCACUGUUUUUCUGAACCUGAAGAUGUGGAUUGUGAUUCCUGCACUGGGACAAAAUCCAAAGCUGUAAAAUCCUGUCUGGUGUGUUUGGCCUCUUUCUGUGAAACUCACCUUCAGCCUCAUUAUCAAAUUCUGUCUUAUAAGAAGCACAAGCUGGUUAAGGCUUCCAGAAGACUCCAGGAUCAGAUCUGCUCUCAGCAUGAUAAACUGCUGGAGGUUUACUGUCGUACUGAUCAGCAGUGUAUCUGCGUGUUGUGCACCAUGGAUCAUAAAGGACAUGAUACAAUAUCAGCUGCAGCAGAAAGAACUGAGAAACAGAAGCAGCUGCUGGAGAUCCAGAGAAAAUUCCAGGAGAAAAUCCAGAACAGAGAGAAGGAACUUUGUGAACUGAUAAACGCUGUGGAGUCUCACAAGUGUUCUGCACAGACAGCAGUGAAGAACAUUGAGAGGAUCUGUACUGAACUAAUCAACUCAAUUAACAGAAGAUGCUCUGAGCUAAAAGAUCUGAUCAGAGAUCGAGAGACAGCAGAAGUAAGUCGAGCUGAAAAAGUCCUGAAGCAGGUGGAGCAGCAGAUUGUAGAGCUGAAGAGGAAAGAUGCUGAACUGGAACAGCUUUCACACACAGAGGAUCCCGUCCAUUUCCUCCAGAAUUUUCAAUCUCUCUCGGCUCCUGCUGGAUCUGCAGAAUCAGCCGCCAUCACAAUCAGUCCUUUCCCCUCAUUUGAUGAUGUUACAAAGUCUGUAUCUCAGCUGAGAGAGAAAGUAGAAGAAUUCUGCAAAGAGCAGUGUGCGAAGAUACCAGAUGAAGUGAAGAAAGUCUGGAUCACUCUGCCUACUGAACUUAAAAUCAGAGAAGAUUUUCUACACU